AUGUUAAGACAUAAAGUAGAAAAUUGUGAGCUGACGAAUUUGGAGAAGAUGUCUGAGAGCCCUUUGACAGUCACAGGGGAUGGUCUAGGAGGUGGCUUCCCGCCGGAUAGGGGAAGGCAACUCCAGUUAACAGAUUUUUGGAAGGCUCAUCCUCCAAUGGAGAAGGCGGUGUUGGAUGGAGGAAAGGAGCCUUCUGCUACUGCAAAUAAAUCCUUUGCCUCCAUUGUUGGUUCUGAUACCGAAGCUUCUGCAAAAGUGACCGUCUCAACUGAUCAAAUACCACACAAAUCUUAUGCGAAUGUGGUAGGCUCAAACACACCGAUGGUGGAUGAACUUCCCGACCCUGUUCAUGCAGGGAAUUCGACCAAGGUGAUCAUUCCCCAGGAGGCUUACGAGGAUAGAUUACUAAAAUAUCAAUUUGCCUUGAUUGGCAGAAUCAAUUUUCGUUUUCUUUCCCUGGAUGAUGUUCGCAGAGAAGCCCGUGACUCUUGGAAACUAAAAGGUAAAGUGAAGAUGAUACCCAUGGGUAAGGGCUUCACGAUCUUUCAAUUUGAGUCUGAGCAUGACAUGGCCCAGAUGUGGAAGCGAAGCCCUGUGAAGAUUGGAGGUCAACUCGUUCGGUUUCAAAGAUGGCGUCCAGAUUUUAGCAUCCAUGAAAAAUUGAUCAAUAAGGUCCUGGUUUGGGUGCGAUUUCCAGAUCUUCCUCUGGAAUAUUGGCAUGAAAAGGUAUUAUUGACAAUGGCCAAGGCAGUAGGGAGGCCAGUUGGUCUCGAUCAACGCACCAAGAGCGUUAUAUACGGAAAUUAUGCUCGUGUUCUGGUGGAGAUGGAAGUGGGGGUUCCAAGGCUGGAGGAAAUCCAAGUGGAACGCAAACAGCCUGGGACUCAAAUUUUGUUCUGGUUCAAGCAGCAGUUGAUAUACGAGGAUUCAUUGGGCAAAUGCGGUUUCUGCAAAAAACUGGGGCACCAAGUUCAUACCUGCCGAGAAAAGAAGGCCUAUGACGAGCGGCAAAAUGCUCGAGCCAAUGCAGAGAUACCAGGGGCGGUGUACGAAGAAGACAGAGUCAACUCGGGAACGAGUAACUCACCGGUUUGCAUCAACACUUCUUUGGAAACAAGGGAUCACGAUCUUGAGAAUUCAAAUUCAAAAUGUGUGAACACUGAUGGAGUACUGGAGGGGGAGAUUUUAAAUAAGGAAGCUCAUGAUAGUGAGGAAAUACAGUCUGAAUCUUCUGAUUCAGAUAAGGAGGCAUUAUUUUCUGAUGAUGAGGUGGGCCGGUCUGAUGAGGAGUCUUCCUCUGAAUCUGGGCAGGAAUCAGACUGGGAUAUGGUUAAGGAAGGAGAACCGAACCAGUUGGGUUCAGUUUUAAUCACUGGACCAUUGGAGAUUCAGCAGCAGCUCCCUUUGAGCAGGAAGGAGAUUGCUCGGAUGGGAGUUCAAGUCGUCGACAAGGCAGCAGAGAUGAUUGAGAAAGGAAUUGACGCAGGGGAGAAAAAGAAAAAGAAAAAGAAAGGUGGUGAGCCCAUGGUGGAUUCUUUUUCUUUCCCUGCUCGUUUUUUUAAUCGACUGGGAUUCAUGUCUGAAUUUAUCCAUAACUCCCGUCUUGAUAAAGUGCCAAACCUCUGGGUAGUCUGGAAAAAUUCUCUUGCGAGGCCUGUGGUGGUUCAGUCCUCAGAGCAGAUGAUUUCAGUUUCUAUGCAAUGGAAUGGUCAGCAGGUUGUGGUUUCUGUGAUUCAUGCUUCGUGUUUCAGGGCAGAGCGUAGGAAUCUUUGGGUGGAGAUGGGCAUUGUGGCUGCCCUGUCCUGUCCAUGGGUUGUUUUGGGGGACUUUAAUGCCACAUUAUAUUCCCAUGAGAAGAGGGGUCCUGGUAGAUUCAAUGUGGGUGCCGCGGCAGAGUUCCAGGCCAUGGUGGAUGCUUGUGAUUUGAUUAGCUCUCCUUCCCAAGGAUCCAAUUUUACCUGGACAAACAAUAGAUGUAGAGGACAUGUGGCGGCAGGGCUUGACAGAAGUUUUUUCAAUGCUCAAUGGUUGGAUGUUUUUGGUGAUUGUGGUCAGAAGGUGCUCCAUAGAUCAAUUUCAGAUCAUGCUCCAAUCCUUUUUUUCUCAGCAGCGAUUCCUAAGCCUCGAAAUGCCCCGUUCAGACUUCAUCGUUUUUGGAUGGAAGAGGAAUCCUUUGUGGACCUGACUUUCCCUAACUUCGAUGUAGCUCUUAAAGAUGCUACUGCAGAAGUGGAGGAAGUCCAGCGAACUAUUGACCAGAUAGGGAUGUCUGAUGAGUUAUACUCCAGAGAAGCAGAGGCGAAAACUAAGCUUUUGAAAACAGUAGAGAUGCACGAAAAACUUUGGGCUGAAAAAGCUCGCUGCAAUUGGGCGAAACUUGGAGACCGUAACUCAAAAUUUUUUCAUCUAUCGGUUAAGGUGCGACGUUUAAAAAACAGCAUUCAUGCUUUGAAAAAACAAGAUGGUACAGUGGUCUCUGAGCCGAUGCAGAUGGCAGAAUAUGUGUCACUUUUUUUUGAAAAUUUUCAUAAAGCAGACCAUUGCAUAGAUCAUAUGGAGCUGUUGCAGGUGAUUCCUAAUGAGGUGAAUAGGGAGGACUCUUCCAUAUUAGAAGCUAUUCCUACCAGAGAAGAGAUUAAGAAGAUGGUAUGGGGGUUGGAUCCAGAUAGCUCUCCUGGCCCUGAUGGGUUCCCAGGUGCUUUCUUUAAACAGUGUUGGGAGAUAGUGAGUGACGAUUUUUGUGGGGCUGUGAUUGCUUUCUUCCGCGGUGGGAAGCUUCCAAAUGGGGUAAAUAACAAUUUUGUGACGCUAAUUCCAAAGGUGGAGGGAGCGGUCUCUCUGGAUAAAUUUCGCCCCAUCUGCAUGGCAAACUUUUUCUGUAAAGUCCUAUCAAAGAUCAUGGCUGAGAGGUUAUCUUGCCUUCUUCCUCGAUUGGUGUCAGAUGAACAAGGGGCGUUCCAGAAAGGUAAGAUUAUUUCAUCUAAUAUUGGAUUAGCCUCUGAGCUUGCUAAUUUAUUACAUACAUCUGUCAGAGGGGGAGGCAUAGGUAUUAAGAUUGACGUGCAGAAAGCCUAUGACACAUUGUCAUGGGAUUUUCUUUUUGCGGUCUUGAAAAAAUUUGGCUUUUCGGAUGUGUGGUUAGCUUGGAUUCAUGAAAUUUUGGUUUCUUCUAGAAUUUCAGUGUUAUUGAAUGGUGGUCCGGUGGGUUUCUUUGGAGUUGAGAAAGGUUUGCGACAAGGGGAUCCGCUAUCUCCUAUGCUUUUUAUUUUGGCAAAAGAAGUGUUGUGCAGGGGUCUAAAUGGUCUAUUAAAGGAAGGAAAACUGAAGGCGCUCCCUGGUCCUAGAGGUGCUACUGUCCCCAAUCAUCUGCUUUUCGCGGAUGAUAUUUUUAUCUUCAUGAACGCAGGAGCAAAACAUGUUAGAUGUCUGAGAGAAUUCCUGAUUAAUUACCAAGAAUUUUCUGUCCAAAAAAUAAGCUUGGAGAAGAGUAAGGGAUGGCAAGGCAAACUCCUUUCAAUGGCUGGUCGUGCAGAGCUCAUUCGGUCUGUGAUCUUAGGUGGAGACCUCAAGAAGGGUUAUAGAGCAUCUUCAGUGUUUAAAGGAAUUGCGAAGAUGUGGAAUUUUGUAUCUCUAUCUGAGCUGUGGAUGGUGGGUACAGGGAAUGCUGGAGCAGGUGGCAUUAUAAGGGACAGCAAGUGCCAGAUUGUAGCGAUUUAUAGCUCCUAUUUAGGAAUAGCUUCAAAUUUCCAUGCUGAAUUUCAAGCUUUAAUUGAAGGAAUUGAGAGAGCAAGAGAGCUGAAUUGUGCAUCCUUGUGGAUUGAAUGUGACUCGGGUGCUGUGAUGGUUGCUAAGAAGGAAGCAUAUUCAUCAGUGGUGGCAUGGCCUCCUGAGGUGCUUGACUUCAUGGCUGAGGAUGCGAUGGGCAGAUCGGUAUUCAGAUUUUAUUAG